UGGUUUUUUAAGUGAGCCUAUCUCGCGACUCGGAGCAAGUGCGCGCGCGCUGCCUCCGUCAGCCUAGGUCAGGAACAUGGCCGCGCGGUCCCUAUGGGCGGUCCGGUGGCGGGUACAGCGCCUCUUGUCCUCGAGUGCCGCGUCGGAUGGCAGGGGAUGUCUGCACCUUUUCAGCACCGCCACCCAGAGAACUGCUGGUGAGGACUGUAAUUCUGAGGACCCUCCCGAUGAGCUUGGGCCCUCUCUUGCAGAAAGAGCCUUAAAGCUAAAAGCUGUUAAACUAGAGAAGGAAGUCCAGGAUUUAACAGUGAGAUACCAGAGAGCUGUAGCUGAUGGUGAAAACAUAAGAAGACGAACUCAGAGAUGUGUAGAAGACGCCAAGAUAUUUGGAAUUCAGAGUUUCUGUAAGGACUUGGUAGAGGUGGCAGACAUUUUGGAGAAGACUACAGAGUGCAUUUCUGAAGAAACAGAGCCUGCAAACCAGAAGCUCACUCUGGAGCAGAUAUUCCGGGGGUUGUCACUUUUAGAAGCAAAGCUGAAAAGCGUGUUUGCCAAGCAUGGCCUGGAGAAGAUGACACCCAUUGGUGACAAAUACGACCCUCAUGAGCAUGAACUCAUCUGUCAUGUGCCAGCUGGUGUUGGGGUGCAGCCCGGCACAGUGGCAUUGGUAAGGCAAGAUGGCUACAAGCUUCAUGGCCGCACCAUUAGACUUGCCCAGGUGGAAGUGGCAGUGGAAUCUCAGAGAAGACUCUGAAUGGGCCAUGAGGAACCAAAUGUUCUUCCAGAGCGCAGUCACCUGUGUUUCCUUUAUUUAUUAAACUAGGUUUGUACAUGAGGUACUUCAUGUGAUCUGUUUUGGAUUUAGUCAUAUUGGCUUUAUUUCUAAGAUACUCUAUUGAUUUAAUGUGACCUGUUCGGUCUCAUCAGAAGUCUUGCCAUUCGGCAUUUGAACAAUGUGACAAGUGUUUCUAUGGCCUUUAUGUUUAAGAAAAUUAUUUUUAAAUUAGUUCUCUGAGGACUUUCAAUCCAAAAUCUUUUUAAAAGUUGGAAAUGAGUAUAUGUUUAUGUAUUUUGGACUAAUUGUUCCUUUCUGAUAGUCCUUAUAACAGGUAUUGCAUAGGAUCUUGUGUAUUUUGUGGGAAAAGAGAUUGGUACAUUUGGGUACUUAAGUGAUAAUGCUUUAUAGUUGUGUGAAUGUAGAUCGUUUGGGUUGAUUUUUAUAUACAUAGAUUUUUCAGGACUUUCUCUCUUUAUUUUAUUUUCCUUAUAGCCAUUUUUUGUCCUCGUAGUCCCUGCCAAGUAGAAUUCAUAUUCACACUCAUUGCUCUUUUCCGAUUCCCAUUUACAAGGCCUAAGGCUCAGGCUAAACUUGGAAGACAGGAAACAUCAAGAAAUUCCAGAUACCCAGGUCCCUUUCAAGCAAGGAUGGCCAAGAAACUUUGUGCUUUUUUUGCUGAGUUAUCUUCAACUUAUUUUCAGCCUCCUUGGUAUAUAAUAAUUUCAGGGAAACUGAGGCAGCUAAUGACCUAAAUUGGUCUAUAUAGGUAAUUUACCUACAAUUUCUCUUUUCACCAGCCUUGAAAUCCUCUGCCACUUUGUCAAAUUUAAAUUAUGAUCCUUUAUUAGAUUAUGGAGGGAUGUGGUCAGGGAAAAAAUGUUAGGUUCCCAUUCCUUUCAUUUAAUUAUGCUGAAUUUUUUUUUUAAUUGAUACAAUUCACUACCUCUCUUACAUUGAAAAGUUUUGUUUCCUAGUUUUUGUAUCUGUCAUACAUUUCGCUCCCCUUUUACAUGUUAACCUAGACAUAUGAGCCUCUGUGUUUAUUUUUGAUUCUUUCAGUCUUGCUUCUUGUAGCUGGUGUUCUGUAAAAGAUUUGUUCAAUAAAUGAGUUAGUGAAUAAAUGAUACAUCAGACUUUAGAAAGGAGGUCACUUAUGCCUAUUUUAAUGUUAGAAGAGGCCUUGAUGAUGUAACCUUGCCCCUUCCACUUCUUCUGAGUAUGAAAACAGACUUUUUAGAAUUGGACUCAAAGAAAAUGUCUAAAACUAGUGAACUAAAUUUCAGUAAGAACUUGAAUAAGGAACAACUAGAUAUUAACUUCAGUCAUUUAAGAUUCAACAGUUCUUUAAUGAACUUGCGAAAAUGUCCCCUGCAGACAAUUAAAUGUUAGCUGUCCAGAUUGCAUAGGUUUAGAUUUAAGUUAGUUGCCCAUAAAAUAAAUCCAUUUCUACAGAUACAGGAACCCUUGACCCCUUUCAGUGAAGUGGUAAAAAUUAUUCUCUUAGAUAUAUAUAAUUCUAGAACAGUACACAGACUUCUGUCAAUAAAGUCAUCCCCCAGUGGGCCCUACCGUCUUCACCAGAUUUAGACACUUUAAAAAAAAGUACAUGAUUUUAAAAUGCACACAACACUGCUGGUAUGAUUUUAAAACCAGAACCUCUUUUGUCAUUCCACUGAGUGCGUACUGUAAGUUUAAUGAGCAGUCAGUUUCACAAUAGGAAUUUGUCUUUUUUUGCCUAUAUUCCUGAGAUUGACAGAUGAUGACAAGAAAAUGAGCCAAUUAUAAUUACCCAUGGGUUCUUGGAUUACUAGCUGUCAUUACCAGUGAAUUAGAAUAACCAUAAUUUUACAUAUGAAAUGUUCUGAUUACCUUAAGUUUUCUAAUAUUCCUUGGAACCUCCUGUUUUAGCAAGUAGAUUGAGAAUAAUUUUUAGAUUCUUUUAUUAGUAGUUUUGUGGACUUAAAAUUGUAAAUUUAGAAGAUGGAGCUAUAACAGUAAGAAUAUAAAGUUGAAGGGCUUUCGGGAGCUAGAGCAGCAUAAUAGAGCAGAGAAGCUUGGUAGGCAGAGACUUGAACAUGAAUCCCAGCUCAGUCAUCUGUGUAACCUUGGGCCUCAGUCAUUUCACUCUUCUGAGGCUGAUUCCUUAUUUUUAAAAUGAUUAUAAUAAUUUUCUCACAAUAUUGUGAGGAUUAAAUGAAAUAUGUAAAUUGCCUAUUACAGUAGGUCUUCAAAUAUUUAUUUUUAGUGCUCUUUAUUAUACAUAUUGUUUUUCCUAUGUUUUUAUAGCUGACUAAAGUCUAGGAAAAGGGGAAGACUGGUUAACAGAUGCUUAACAAAACAUAAGCUAAUCAGAGUAACUUAUUUUCCUUCUAUCUUCUGGUGGUUUGGGUUUUGUUUUGUUUUGUUUUUAAUCAUAAUGCAAAAAAUCCAUGUUUUUAGACUGAAGGAACAAGAAAAUUGUGUCAGGGCUCCUAAUUAUUUUCAUCUUGAUGGUAAAGUGAAAAGACACUAUUGGCUUGCAGAAGAUAUGUAGGGAGCUUUGGCUCACUUGAAGAGGGGAUCUUGGUUUUUUAGUACUUGGAUUCUACAAAUCUUACAGAUUUUCCUCACUAUCAUAAAGGAAUCAGUAAUAUUUAGUGCUUUCAUGGUAAAGGAUUUGAUAAAUGAAUAAAGGUAUUUAAAAAACUAAAGCAAAAUCAAAUAGAGAAAACUAAGGAUGAUAUAUGGUAUGCAGAAAUAACUUUAAUAAAACCCAACUUGAAAUAACUGCA